GGUUUCAAAAAUGAACUCUGCACCCUGAAAAGGCUGAUGCAAUCUUGAGGAUACUAUGUGAAAGAAGUUGCAAUCAAAAUGUAUUCUGGUAAAAAUUUACUUUAUAACGCCCAAAAUUAUGUUAAUGGUGUCAAAACUUUCCUUAAACUAAAAAGGAAGCUACACCAAUGUAUAGAAGUGAUAUUGGUCACUCCCGCCUUAGAUGAUAGAGCCUCAGGAAAGUUUGAGAGCACCUACUGACCCCAGUAGCAAAUAACUGAGACUAAGUUACCAUAAAUGGUCUCAAGAUUUUCAGAUGUGUAUUAAUCCCCAGUUAAGCCAUUUUACCUUAUUAGGGCAUCAGAAUGCACAGAAUAUGCUAUGUGAAUAACCUUGCAGAUGGCUUAUUUAUAUUUGCUGCUAAAAAUGAUGUUUAUAAACUAUACACAAUAACUCUCUGCAAGCAUUGUAUUGUCAUGUAUUCUUGUAAUGGUUAUGUGAAACACAGAUGAGCCAAAUUUUCAAGGAAAACCUUAAGUUCACUUCAUUUAUUUUUAUGGAAAAAAAAGUGAAAAAAUUAAAAUUAAAUGGAUUACAACUUAUGCAUUAUUUAGUUAAUUUGAAUCAUAUAAUUUUUUGCUUGUAAUUUGUGAGUUGAAGGUUUUUGUCAUUUAGAUUGACAGGAAGAGUACAGCCAAGGUUGAUUACCUAAAGGAGAUAGAAAAGCAGAUCCAAAAGAGAUGGGCUGAGAAUAAAAUCUUUGAAGUGGACUCUCUUCCUGUAAGAAUCAUUAACACUAUGGGCCUCUGCCAGAUUCCUCUUAUUUUGUGUUUUAAUUGUCACUUAUAUUCAGUUUCAAUUAACUUUGAUAUUUCUCUAUCAACAGCCUGGAUCACCAGAUGCAAAGUAAGUAAAUUUUUAUUGUUGUUGAUAAUCCUGACUUUGAUUUCUUAUGAUAUGGAUAAACAAUUAGCUUUGUCUUUGAACAUGUUACAGAAUGAAUCUAAGUUUAUGUCAAGAUUGAUUUAAUGUUGGAGAGGGGGUGCAGAACCAACCUUGUAUAAAAAUCGGUCAAUUAAUUCAUGUAUGUGUCAGCCAGUGAAAUUGUAGUUUGCAAGACUGACAAAGAGCACAAAGUUUGAAUGUAAAGCAUGAGUACCUGACAGUUGUUAACACAUAGCUGGGCCAGCAAAUGGUUUUGAUAAAGUUCCAUAUUAUUGAUAUAGGAAAGAAAAGUUCUUUUGCACAUUUCCGUAUCCUUAUAUGAAUGGAAGACUUCAUCUUGGACACACAUUUACCCUUUCAAAGGUAUGCUGCAUUAAAUAACACAAAAGAACAUGGAACUGAACAUUCUUUUUGAAGUUUCUAAAUUAUUGAUAAUCUUUUUGAUUGACUAGAUUUAUGCUAGAUGAUAAAAUAUUAAUUUUAUGUUCUGUUUGUUAAUUCUAUGGCUGCUUUUCUGAAAAUUAUCCUGGAUUCAUGGAACAGGCUGAGGUAAAGGACUCUUGAACUGUUUUUUUCAGUUAUUUUUUUCACUCAUAACUUUUUCUCAUUAUUCAACAGUAUUUGCCAACUAAUUUUUUCCAAAUUUAAUUAAAAAUUUUUUUUUUAUGAAUGGUUAGCUAUUGAUUACUUGUAUUUUAAGUUCAGUCUUUAUUUUAUGAACAGUUUGCUAUUGGUUACCAACGGCUGAAAGGCAAGAGAUGUCUUUUUCCAUUUGGACUACACUGUACAGGCAUGCCCAUCAAGGUAAUUUUUAAAAGGUUGUUUCUACGUCUAGGUAUUAAUUUUUAUUUUCUCUAAAGGGUAGACAAUCAGGUAAAAGCUCUAAGAAUUUAAAAUCCUUUGGCGAUAGUUAUUUUCCAGUCAUCUAAGAUGACAAGAACAAUAUGAUGCUGUUUUUUCCUUGUUUUACAUUAUAAAAACAUCUUGACUGCCUCAGAAAAUUAUCCAAGACUGUGAGUUUUUUAUCCCACUCUAUUUGGGAUUCUUCCCCUCUACACAAUUUCACAGAUAUUUCAAUAUUAUCAAGUGAUAUUUUUGGUAUCUUGCAUUGAAGGAAAAGUGGCAAAUGUUUCACUGAGUCAAGCUCACUUUCUUUUCCUUAGCACCAUCUUGAAGAGACCUGUUAUUACCAGAACUGUGGUGAUAAGAGUUUUUAGAUUGUUGUCAUAUGUUUGGAUGAUAAAUUGAAAUAUUGACAGUUAAAUUUCUUGUUGUCUCUUUAAAAUAAGAACAAUUAUCCUUUUGUUAGGCCUGUGCAGACAAGCUGAAGCGUGAAAUGGCUGAUUUUGGAUUUCCUCCAAAGUUUCCCGAAAAAGUUGAAAAAGAGGAGUCAAAACAGGUGCAGGAAAGAAGCUGUAGAAAGUCUUUUUAUGGUGGCUAGUUUACAUAAUCAACAGAAUUGAUGAAACCAAUUGGUAGCCUUGUCCACAGCAUGAAGUGUGAUGUACAAAGUCCCCUUCAUAUCACUUUUUUAUUAAACCUUUUGAUAUUUUUUGGGAACAUGAGAAUGGCUUGUGUUGAGUCAGAAGUCACUUGUACCAUAAAUAAUUUAUCUUAAGUGAACUUAAUGCUUAUUUCUGAAAGACUGAAAAUGUCAAGUGGAACAAGUUAUAGUCUUUGUAAUUGUAUCCUGGUUUUAUCCAUUUAGAUGAAAAGCAAGGUUGCAGCCAAGACAGGUGGUUUGGAGUAUCAGUGGCAAAUUAUGCAAUCACUUGGAUUGAGUGAUGAAGAAAUAAAAAAGUAAGUGCUGUUCUUUUAAUGAUCAUACAGUUGACAACCACUGAUGAGUGCACCUGUAGUCAAGGUUCUAUUUCUUUUAUUGUUUUUCUUUUAUCCUAAAAUUUUUUCCCAACAGUAAUCUUUAUUCUUGGAUUUUUGGGUAAAUUUUGAUAAAGUAUCAAUCUAUAAUUUCCUACUGCUUAACUGCUACUCACAUUAUUUGUUGACGUAUUAAUUCAGGUUUGCUGAAGCUGAUUACUGGUUACAUUAUUUUCCACCUUUGGCAAAAUCUGAUCUGCAAAAUAUGGGAUUGAAGGUAUGGUAAAUUAUGGUAUGCUUUGAUUGUUAACUUUUUAAGGCAAGGUGGAAGUGUGGAUUCCUAUGCCAAAUAGAUUUCUAUGCAGCGGAAGUGGAAUCACUCCUUCCACUGUUACCAUGCUAAAGAUGCUCCAGUCUUUACACUGCUCGCUGCAGGGUUACUUGUCCUUUUUUACCUGCAUAAUGUUUACCAUUUAUAAAGCUCUAAAUAUAUCAUUAUUUUGUUUAACUCACCAGGUGGACUGGAGACGGUCAUUUAUCACCACUCAUGUCAAUCCAUACUAUGACUCCUUUGUAAGGUGGCAUUUCUGGACCCUUAAAGAUGGUGGGAAAGUCAAGUUUGGCAAAAGGUGUUCAUUGCUUUGUUUCAUCUACUGUGAAAGUGAUAUACUUCACUUUAAGUAUGGUAAAGAGUACAUGAUAGUCAUCUGAAGCAUUUCUUUAGUUUUACUUUUUGUUCCCGUUUCAAAAAUAGCCUCUAUUCAAGGCCUUUUUGUUGCUGCCUGCUUAUACUAGUACCACCUCUAAGUUGGCUUAGACCCAGAAGGCUGCAGUCUGGCUUGAAGAUGUAUUCUCUGCUCUUACCUCUCCCUUAGUCAAUAGAUGGCUUACAAGUUAUCUACAGAAACAACAGUGGGGUGGUCAAUUAGAUUGUUGCCAAUGUUUGUUUGGUUUUGUUUUUUUGUUUUUGAUAAUGGUGAGGGGGGAGGAGGGCACACAGGUGUCAUCUUGAUGCAGUUCCACUCUACACUUUUUAUCUUAUUCUAAAUUCUGUAUGAUGAGAAUGGGCAAACAUAGUUUCUUCUUUUCCUAUAAGGUACACAAUUUUCUCCCCUAAGGAUGGCCAGCCCUGCAUGGACCAUGACCGACAGACAGGAGAGGUUAGUUUAAAUCUCAGAAUUAAAAAGAUUUCUUCUAUCUUCUCCAUUCUGUUUAUUAAAUUAAUGUUAUUGUUUGAUUAGGGAGUAGCACCUCAGGAAUACACUGGAAUCAAAAUGAAGAUCUGUGAACCAUUCAAAGGGAAACUAAGGUAUUAAUUCAAGUGGAAAUUUUUAAUGGAAUUACCCCUGAAUACUUCAUUUAAGUGGACAUACUGUAUUGAUCCGUGUAUAAUACGCACUUUUUUUCUCUAAAAAUAACCAUCAAAAUCGUGGUGUGUAUUAUACAUGGUUUCUAUUGUUUUUCAAGCAUGUCCUAAUUUGCAUACUUUAAAAACACAACAAAGAAAGUAACAAAAGCCUAGUAGUUUAAUUGGUCUUUAUUAGCUUGAGUUAAAUAAUCUACUGAUGAAACAUUUUCAAUUUCGAUUCACAAACACAACAAGAAAGUGACGAAAGCCUUGUGGUAAUUGGUCUUUAUUAGCUUGAGUUAAAUAAUCUACCAAUGAAACAUUUUCAAUUUUGGUCCAUAAAUAAAUUUAAUAGAGUAUUUAAGAAACAGCUAACGAGAUAAACAUUACGAUCGUACCGUAUUACUGUAAUCACAAGUGACAAGAAAUUCGAAAUGGUAAUGCAACUUACCACUGUGAAACGUCAGUUGUAGGAAGAAUUAACGUUUUUUUCGCACCCCUUUUUUUUUUUUGGUCAAAAAUUGGGGUGCGUAUUAUACAUGGGCACGUAUUACACACGAGCGCGUAUUACACACAAGUAAAUACAGUAUUUUAUCCAGGCAUACUUUGAUUAUUACAAAACAACAAAGUUAUUUUCUUUUUUUUCUUUUUUUUUAAUUUCAAUUUUCUUUUUUAAAUCUCACAACUCAAGAUUUGUUAGAUGUAAUUGAAUAUUUCUAUAUACAGCUUUAUGAAUCUCUAUUUGCCCUUACAUGUUCUUCCUUACCUGACUGGAUGAUUUUCUUUCCUCUUUGAUUCCAUGCAGUGCACUGACUGGAAAGAACGUCUUUCUAAUGGCUGCUACACUGAGACCAGAAACCAUGUAUGGACAAACAAACUGUUGGGUUCAACCAGACAUCAAGGUGGAACACAACAAUUGCAGUCUAAAACUUUGAAUUUGCUUUUGAAAACUUCUUUCUAGAUACUAUUGUUGAGAUUUUUGGGACCCUAAAUUGAGCAAGCUAUUCUAUAUUUAUCUUUUGAUAUCCUUGUGCCUUUGCAAAUGAAUGUUUAAAGGUCUUUUCGCUGACUCAGAAUACUGUGGCUGUGUCCUUAACAAUUUUUACCCCUUAAAUGCAUGCAAGAUGAUUGUUGGUGAAUUUUUCAACUAUUGCUACCAUUUUUUUUCAAUCUGUGGAACCAUUUUGAACCUUUUCAUAGUACAUUGCCUUUGAGACGAACAUUGAAAAUGAAAUCUAUAUAAGCACCCGACGAGGAGCAAGGAACAUGUCUUAUCAAGGGUUCACCCCAAAGGAAGGAGUGGUCAAUGUUGUGUUAGAGCUGACUGGACAGGUGUGAAUACAUUUAAAUGUUGUCAUAUUUUGUUUUCUUAAAUUGUCAGGGUACUGGUACAUUUUAGUAGAAGCUUACAUGCACAACAGAUACCAUUUUCACUGCUUAUGGAUGUCUUUUUCCAGAAUCAUCAAUUGCAUUUCUUUAUUUAUCACCUUUAUUUGAAGGACAUCAUGGGAAUUCCUUUGGAUGCACCGCUCACACAUCACAAAGUUGUUUACACUCUCCCCAUGUUGACCAUCAAAGAAGACAAAGGUGAGACUGGUUUUCAGACCCUUUCCAAGGACUGCAUACCUCUGAAACACGUGUCCAGUUUCAAGAUAGUAUCAUUGUUCAUGCAACUCAGCUUGAAGCAUUAUUUACACCGGCAAACUACUUGCUGAGGUUUGAGGGGAUAAUUCUACCUCAGCAAGUUUUCUUGUAUUGAGUUGUGGACAAGUUUCUUUACUCUGUGAACUUUUUCUUUCUAGGUACCGGUAUUGUGACGUCAGUUCCCUCGGAUGCCCCGGAUGAUUACGCUGCUCUCAGAGAUGUCAAAAAAAAAGCGGUCAGUAAGCUUCUGAUGAUCAUAUUAGUUUUAAUAGGACAACGUUUUGUGGCAGGAACUAAGAUUCUACUCUUUUAUUAAACCUCAAGGCAUUCAGACAGAAAUAUGGUAUCACAGAUGAGAUGGUUCUACCAUAUGAACCUAUUCCCAUCAUCCAGGUCCCUGGUUACGGGGACCUCUGUGCGGUAAAGGCCUGUGACGACCUCAAGAUAAAGAGCCAGAAUGAUAAGGACCUUCUGACAGAAGCCAAAGAGCUCACCUACAAGAAAGCCUUUUACGAGGGAACAAUCAUUGUUGGGGAAUAUGCUGGUCAAAAAGUUCAAGACGUGAAGAAACUUGUGCAGAAGAAAAUGUUAGACAGCGUAAGUUGAUUUUAACUCCUGUGUUUAAUUUGUUUGGUUUUUUGUCGAUCUAUAACUCUGAUUAGUUUUUGACAUAUUGCAUCAACAAUCUUUACUACAGAGAUGUUCCUUUUAUUGAGUAAAACUAAAAAAUGGUUUGUCUUAAAAACGGUGGCCUUUGUGGGCCUGUUGGAUGCAAGGCUAUGACUUUUUACGGUGAAUUUUCGAGUUUUCGAAUUGGAAAAUCAAGUGAAAGAAAGAUUGGAUUAACUGAUUAAUGAAUGAAGGAGCGAAACAGAGAGAAACUUCUGUCGUUCAAGACAAAUUGUUUUCACAUAAUUUCUGUUCUUAGCAACAACGCAAUCCCAAGAAAACUUUGGUGAUAGUAGCUCUGAGUGAAUAUUUUGAUUUUCUAAGGGUGAGGCACGGAUCUACAUGGAGCCAGAGAGGAAGGUCAUUUCGCGGUCAGCGGAUGAAUGCAUUGUUGCUCUUUGCGACCAGUGGUAAGAAUUGGUCAAUAUAGCGAAAGUUGUCUAAUUGAUGUUGCCAAGGUAACUUUUUUCUUUUUUCUGGGUAGGUUCCUGGAUUAUGGCGAUGAAUCCUGGAAAAAUACUGCGCGGGAAUCUCUGGAAACUUUGAACACGUAAGUUCCCGUGUGGUGUUUCCUUUUUGUUUUGCCGUAUCCACACUUGUCGAAGCUGUAGUCAUGAGAUCAAGAACGAUGUCGAGAUGGUAUUUGAUUUCUUACUUAGCCAAUCACGUGCCUGAUCGACACCUCUGACUUGCACGCGAGUACAAUGUGUGGUUGAUUCGGCUCGAUAAAACAUGCACAGCGAUGAUGAAUACUUAGAGUUUUGCUGAGGACAUCGUGGUCUCAUGAGAAGUUUAACCAAUGGAUCCUUCUGAGCUGUGUGAUGACGUUUUGCAGUAACUUGGUGGACUCUAUUGAGGAAGAAAAGGGCGAGGCUUUGUGUUGUGACUGUUUGGAGGCUUGCGUUGCUAAGUUCCAGGUGAUAAGCUUACAGUUUGCUAAUGUUGUAUUUGUUUUUCAGAUACGCGGAGGAAACCAGACGCAACUUUGAAGCCACCUUGGACUGGAUUCAGGAGCAUGCGUGUUCAAGGUCUUAUGGUCUUGGUGAGUAUUCUAACAGUGUGGUUAGUGGCUAUUGUUAACUUUAUAUAAUUAAAGUAAAAGGUAUCACAUCUUAAGUAGUUUAAGUUUUCACUAAAGUUUUUGCAAUUUUUUUUUCCACACGUGCGCGUUCGUACGAGUUUUUGUUAACUAUUAGGUGUUUACGUGUAUAAAUAAAUUACUUACUUACUUACUUACUCGACGGAAAUUUGUCUUUGUCUUCUGUCAUUGUCAUUAAUUGCAAACAUUACAGUGUAGGUUUAAAUGUCUGCAACUGUUGUUAAACAGGACUUUAUUUAGCAGACCCUCAGUUCUCUCUUGUCAGCCGAUAUCUAUAUUGUAAGAUGUACCUCUCCUUUCUGUUGAUUAUAUUUCCUAGGUCAAGUACCGGUCAAAUUCUUCAGAUAUCACUAAUCCGAUUGUCUACAAUUGAACGUGCGUUGUUUCAUGCACGGCGUAACUUUAAAAGGAAUACUUGGUUUGCUCUCGGGAAGUAGUCGGUUGACUAUUGAUUUGAGGGCCUAGUCACGAAAGUUCCAAAUCCAAUCAUUCCAAUUAUUGUCUAGAAGGGUCAUUAGUUUAACAUGCGGAAUAAACUGUUCAAAAAGGCUAGGAUGCACUAGACGUGUCAGACGCUUCGGGGUUGAACGAAAACCUUCGCGGAAUUUUUACCCUCUCCCAUGGAAAAUGUGCUUUUAUUUAUAUUUGGUGGAGGAAUUUCUCACCCCACACGCGUGUGAGCCAAUAAUCAUCCCCGUUCGUCUCGCGCGGUAAGCUCGCGCGCGUGUCGUUGACAACACCAGAAGAGCUUUGUCAGCUCAGAUGAUUUUAUAGAUACAGGAGGUUCUAACUUUUUUAUGUUUUUUAUUUUAUCUUGAUAGGCACUCGUUUACCUUGGGAUGAACAGUAUUUGAUUGAGUCGCUGUCUGAUUCCACCAUUUACAAUGCUUACUACACAGUCGCGCAUCUGUUGCAAGAGGGCUCCUUUGACGGUUCUGCCGGCGGGCCCCUAGGAAUCAGGUACCACUUCAAGUGAUAGUUCCCUUGAUAAAUGGAUUCUUUUGACGGCUAGCUCCGCUUUUAUGUCGUCUGAAUUGCUUGGUUACUAGUACAGUAAUCGAAUGUAUAUAUUUAACAUAUUUAAGGAGUGACCUUUUUCAAGGUUUUAUCUGUUCACUAAACCUCGCCGUUAUUGACGAUUAAAAGUGAACACUUAUUAUUAUUUUAAUUCGUCCGUCAUGUUAGGUUUGUGUAACAAAUUGUUUCAAAUGACAUCUUAAGAGAGUGUUUAGAUGAAUUCUCGCCAUGGACCUGUGAAAGUAUCACUCAAUUUAAAAAUUAAAAAAUUCUAAGAGAUUUUUGUUAAAAAUAUAAAAACAGCGGGAAAUGCACUGUGUUGUGUGUUCGUCGCUUCCCAGAACGUACUGAGUCUCGGAGUCACUACGGUAUGUUUAUCUUUCAAACGAUGUUUAAUUAAAGGCAAGCAGUUCCCUAAGGUUGCGAUUGCGAUUCAAAGUUUAAAAGUACGAUGUGCAAAAUAAACUUACUGUGAUGUUUUCCUAUAAAACGGAGAGCCAUCAGAAAGCGGAAACAACUCUUUUUAAAAUGUAAAUCAGCAUGAUCAACAGUAAACUAGAUCAUGAUGGAAUAUUUUUUAAUGGAUUUAGAAAAAGAAAACGGAGUAUUUUCUUUCUUGUGGCUCAUUUAACGAUUUGUUGUUGGAAAGUAUAUUUGAUUUGUAUUUCUCGUCUGUUGGACACAUUUAAUUUCUUCUUGCAUCUGUUAUAGUUAACUUCAAAGCCUUUGUCAUUCACACGAAAAGGAAGUUUCGCGAAACAUCAGGUUAUAUUUGAUGUUAUGACGGUGAUAACGCAUCAGAUCAGAUUAAUAUAUCUCCAACAUUUAUUCCAAUCUGUGAUCAAAUUUGCGUUUCUCCCUUAAAGAUGCAAGAAAUUACGAGCAGGCGCGGGAGGAGAAAAAGGAAAAUAGUCAACCUAAUGAUUAGAUUAUUUUCUUGAAAAGUCAUAGUUAAAGCAGAAAGAUGGCAGUUUUCUUAUGGAAGAUUUAUCUUGGAGAUUAGAAUGAUUCAGUUAAGUCGUUAUGGCGAUACAAAAGGGUUCCCUGUCGAUCAGAAAAAAUAUACAGCCUCUUUGUAAAUGGGAUUUUCAUUAAUUUAGAUUUUUUUCUAAAAUAGAAGUCAUGCUGUGUUUCCUUCCGAGCAUAUUAAGGUUUUGAAACAUAGUAAUGGAAACGCUUAUUCAUCUAAACUCGGGUCAGGUGUUCAGCUUGAAAAUAUUGUGUGUCAAUGGUCAGAGACUGUCCAUCUGACUUUAUUUCAGGCUUUCUUCAACACAACAAACUACUCACUUGUACUCUGCAGCGAAAUAAAUGAGAGUAAUUGAUAGUGCUCUGAAUAUGUACUCUGUGCAGCUCUGCGCUUUUCACUUUUAAUUUCUUUUUACGCAGGAAUGUACCAAAGGAGCAUAUUUUGUUUUAGUUUAUAUCGUGAAUUUGUCCUCCCUUCCAUUAACAGUCGGAGUUUACCUUCUCUAUCGUUCUUUGUUCACUUUUGGUUUACUUGUAUUGUUGGUGCGUUCAUUUAAGAUAACUGCAUUAUUUUAAAAUUUCUCCAAAGUUAAGCGAAUAUUCAGCCUCUCUUGACGUCGAGAUAAAGAAGGCGGCUCAUUCUUGUCUCCACGAAAAAAACGCUCCCUGUGCACUGCUUCCUAAAAGUCGCUACAAAUCGAAACAUGUUAUUGCUGCGAGAAUCGCAUAAAUUUCAACCUUUUUUAAUUUGUAAGAUUUGUUGCGGCGGGAAAAUGAUGUCGUAAGGAUAAAUAUUUGCUCAAAAAUGAAAUCCCUCAUGUCACACCAAGGGAAUUUUCGCCUCAACUUAUCAAUUCACCUUCACGCAUGCACCUUUUAAAAGACGCUUCGAAUUAUUACUUUUGUUAUCAUUAGUAUUUCCUUUCCAUGUUCUAAACCGUAUUAUGCAUUUUCAGGGCGGAACAGAUGACUAGAGAGGUGUGGGAUUAUGUGUUUUUUAAAGAUGCACCUUUUCCUCAAACAGACAUCUCAGAGGAUAAAUUGAGGUAAGUAUAAAAACAGUCUGGUGUAGCUCACUUUGCACUUAAUAAGACUUAUUUUUCACUUAAUACACGCCAUAUAUUGUUUCAGUGACCUAUUUACUGAGUGAAAAUGAUAGUCUGCCUUUAAGGUAAAUGAGAGAAAUUAUUGAAAUAGCAGAGAGGGAGAAAACUGCAAUGAUCGAAUUGUUUUUGUCGCCUCCUUUCUUUCGUUUUUGUUCAUCUGGAAAUAUCGCAGAAGACUGAGUUUAAAUCUGAAAACCUUUUCAUCCAAAAUACCGGAUUAUGCCUUGAUUCUUAAGCGAGAGACAAGCGCGAGGUUUUUAUUCUUAAGCUAAAACCCAAAGAUUAAAAUGUCGCGAGAUCGUUAUCAUUUGAGGCAAUCAUCUAGAGCUUUCAACACACGAAGAGAGCAUUUGGCUCAUUAUUUCGUCCUCGGCGAUUGUUAUCUUCUUUGUUUUGAUGUGAAAAAAAUUGGCGCCAUACGGAAAACAGAUGUAAAUACGGAAAGUCACGGCUGUUUUCUUGUCAGCUCUUUUCACAGCAAUUACGUGUAUUUAGCUGCGUGCAAGACAUGUCUAGAAUUUUAAUUUGAUUUAAAAUGGCUUUAUAAGUGUAAUUACACGUGUUAUCUGAAGAAUGACUCGAGGCUUCCUAUUACUGCGUUUUUCAAGGUGACAACUCAAUGUUGUAGCUUCAUAAUAGCAUAAAUAGCAGUUUUUAUCUUGCGCUGCCCACCGUAGGUGCACGGAAAGCUGCUUGUGCCUUUGUCUUCCUUCCCUACUAAAAUGAUUCAGAACUAAUUUACAUGCAAAUUUUGUCUUGCUUAUUGGCAAAGAGGAACAAAAGCAUGCUUUUCAGACAACCCGGGAUUCAGGAUAUGUCUUAUCUUCGUUAUCCUGUUCAAUAAAUUUAAAGAAUAAAUUAUUAUGUACAUGUUGUUAUGUUAACUUCUAAAACUCGACCCGCCAUGAAAAUUUAAUCUUUGGAAUUCUUGAUCAUCUUUUUACGGACAAGAAAUGCUCGUCUGUACUUUCCAACUAACAUUUGCAGGCGAUUGACUAUUAAUUAUAUUUUUUUUUAUAAUAGGCUAAAAGUCUUUGUAUUCUGUCAAAUUUAAUUUUCUUUUAAGCGCAACUUUUUCUAAAGUCCCAAUUUAAAUUUGACUCAAUGAUGUGCGGUAUUUCUCAGGUGUCUUUGUUUAUAGUGCGAAAGAGCGUGUGAUUUAGAUAAAAGAGUUUGCUCCAUUUUUACGGAAGUGCAAAUCAUGCUCAGCUAAUUCUAAGUGACUUCUACAGCAAACAUUGGAUUAUCCCCUCCUGAAGUUCUUUUUUCCUUAAUAAUGGGACUUAAUUAAAUCUUUUGUGAGUUCGCGGUAAAUGUCAUUUUCAACGAGCGGUAAACUUAAUAAAUGGUGCUUCUCGUGAGAAUUACUCAGAUCCAUGCUGAAAUAGACAUACAGAAAAAAUAAAAUUGGACGCUUGUCAAGCAAAAGCGUCUUAUUAUCCAUGAGUAACCCCAUCUUUCAUAAAAGUUGAAUGAAUAAACUUAUCUCCUGCAUUACAAAUACAACCCUUACUUAUAAAUACAACUAGUCCCUUUCCUCUCGAACUGUUGUGUUACAAGGAUCCGGCGUGCUGCGCUGUUUUAUCGACAACUCAUCCGUUAUGUACAACCAAACGCCAUCGCUUCUGUCGGACUUCAGUUCCCAUAAUAUUCAACAAUUAGUGGUACACUGUUCAUUGCUAUAGAUAGUUGUGGGUGUUGUAUUCGCUCGGCUUUCGCAUCUUGCUUUUCCAUCCUUGCAAAUCAAACGGGGUAAUAGUUCUUUGAAGUCUCUUUUUCUAAAAAUGUACAUAAGGGGGUUUAAAAACGAAGUAAAAUAUCGAGGGUAGUAAUAAAACACAUACAGCACCCAUGCUGGUGGAUCAAAUGUUUGCUGGGCGUUCAGCUCCUGAAAACUCAAAAUAAAAUAUGGCAGCCAACAGACGGUAAAUAUGACAAGCAUCGCCAGGAAAAUGGUGACAGUUUUGCGCUGUGCAUAGUUAUGCGAUUCUUCUUUUCCUUUGGCGGAAAAAUGCUGAUCAGAAGGGCUGUGAAAUCGCCAUAUCCGUUUCUCGUGGUACCGAACCGUACUGAAAAUGCGAAUGUAUAUAUAGGCCAUCACCAACAGUGGUAUCACAAAAAAUAGCACAAAAGUAGCGAGGUCAUAAGUUUUCUGAAAUUUUUCGGCGGUUUCGGCUGCUUCCUCGCUCCGACCUACCUGCCAAGAUAGUUGUAUCAGAGAAACAAACGCAGCCAUAAACCACGCCAAGCUUAUGAGCGCGAAGAACGCGCGCCGUGUUACGAUGUUAUGAUAGCGCAUGGCGUGCGUUAUGGCGAUGUAGCGGUCCACAGACACCAGUAGAAUAUGCACUACGGUAGAGACAGAAAUGAAUCGCCAUGUUAGAUUUGAGAUAGCACAGGUUGUGAAGCUGUGAGUAGCUGAACAAUAAAGUGUAGCAGGAAUUCCACACAAUCCUGCGAGUAGGUCACUGCCAGCUAGGCUCACAAGAAAUGAGUUGGUGACAGACCGGAGUGUGCGAUGGCGAAUGAAUAAAAUUAUGACAGUUAAGUUGACGGCGAUGAUAAAUAUGGCCAGAACGAUUGGAAACGUGUCGAAUUCCGCAUCGAAAGCUCCGAUUUCUUCGUCUCCAUAAUUUUCACCGCUACCUGAUUCGGAAUCAUUGGGGGUGUUAUUGUUUGAUCUGGGUCCUUCUGUCAUCUUUUCGUUCGUUAUAGUGCCCGUCUUUUUCUCAAAUCUAAAACACGGUUGCUUGGCAGUCAGCAGCUAGCAGUAACUUUUGGCGAUAUCGGCAAGCUAAGUGAUAGUUCUGAAAUUUCAACCAGUUGUGUAUUGUGAUAUUAUUCCAGGUUUCGUUCUCACCUCUUUGCUUCCUUUGUUUGUGUAUCAUCCGCUUGAUGAAAGUCCCGGAAAGAUUAAAACAUUUUAAGAAAUAUUAGUGUUAUUACCAUGUAGAUUUUGAGACCCAACAGAGUUUCCCUUCUCUUUUGUUUGAUUUCUGUAUCGAAAGCGAGCAAUGAUCCCUGCCUAGACAAGUUUCACUGCUUCAUACUGAGUUGCAAGGUUUGAAUUGCUACCUGUCGUUGGGUAUGUCAAGAGCAUGUAACAGAUACCUUCCACUCGAGAGUCACUUGGGCUUUUUAACUGAUCCCAGCAGCUGAGUUGUGUCUGACAGCACGAGUUAUUAUAACAAAUUGACGACAUUCUAAUAAGAAAAAAAUCUACGAUGUUUUCUCGCCUAACGUUUGGUUUAGAAAUGGCCAUAUUUUUCCAAUUAUGUUUAUUUUUAAGUCAGCCACUCAAAGCCGCGAGUAAUUAAAACGGGCGAGGUUUUCCUGAGUGGAAUUCAACUUCAUUAAUUCAAUCAUUUUGAUAGUUUUUAGGAUGCUGAAGUUUUAGUUUUUUUUUCUAGCCUCAUAAUUGCUACAUUACCAAUAUUCCUAUUUGCAAUUCAGCCAUAUUUUCAAUCUGUUAAAAUCCGGGAUUCACAGUGAUUUUUCUUCCUUUUUGACUUUUGAUAACUACGUCUUGUUGUAAUCUGGGGUAACAUCUGUUUUACGUAUUCAGUCGUCCUCUAAACUCGAAUCGAUCAGUUCUGCAUUUUCACUUAUUUUAUUACGUUUGUCAAAAUAUUCUUUCGUGAUCGAUAUUGCAGUCCAAUAUCUAUUUCCUUCUUGAGUCGAUUAAAAGAAUUCCUUGAUCACGUUUUUAAACUUUGCUAUGUUCAUAAGGAAUAUGAUAUUCGCUUUGAUUAUUCUUAAUAAAACUGCGUUAGCUUGCUGUGUUUUCCUACCUGUCUUUUUGACCGGUUUUCCCUCAGAAACGCGCGCAGCUGCUAUGUCAAUAUUCUGGGCGAACACAAAACCUCUUCGGUUGUUAAAUUUGUAUAAGGGUAACCCUGCAAAUGGAUCAGAGUAUGGAAAGUAAAUAACAACUUGAAUGAAACUGCAGAAAGUCGCUCACGUAAUCGUGUCAAUCGUUAAGUGUAAAUUCAGGAAGAUAUUAUCAAAUGAAUGCUAACCGCGCAGGAUAACCGCUACUAGCAAUGAUUGAAGCUACUGGCCUUAUAAUGGUCUGUAAACAUAUCUUGUAAGGUUUGUCAGCUGAAUUAUCUGGUUAUUGUGGCCUAACAGCAGAGAAUAUUGAAAUGAGCUGUGCAUUUGUGAGAAGUUUACGUGGGAGGAGGAUGCAUUUUAAUUUGGCAAUGUGAAAUGCUCUCUUGAGUAAAGUUCCUAUUCAACAAAAGAGUAAUUUUUGGAGUCCUCUGUUGAGAUCCACGGCUCCCAAGGGCUGAAAUUUAUCAAUAUUUCAAAGGGGCUCGGAAAUAACCGUGAAAUGGAAUUGUCAUUAACAAAAGAGAUAGGAUUGUAGAGGUUCAAGGGGAGUAGAGUGUCAUUACCUCGGUGUGCAUUAGUUUACGAGGGCGAACUAAAACAUAAUUAUCACUCUAAGUAAUAAAAUGACAAAAGGCAUUGAAAAUGAAAAUAUUUUGAGACAAACGAGUCUUUUUCUUAUCAAUCAAACGUACUCAUUAUAAGAAAUCUCCUGUCAUCGGUGUUAACGUUUUUCAAAAUACAAAAGAGAAACCUAAAUAAUUGAAUUGAAGGAAACAUUCUAAGCUUUUUUUCCUCCAUUUGCUUGAAAAAAAAGGGUGUGGAUUGUUUGUGGGCUGAUAUCGGCUUUUUUUUUUCGGGGGGGGGGGGGGGAAGAAAGGGAGGGAUAGAGGCAAGAAACAAGAAAUUGAAGUGAGGGAACUUUUUUGUUUCGGAAUUAGAGAAUAUUUUUUUAACCGAACUUUUGAUAGUAUAUCGUUCUGCUUGGCGCUUUUCGGAAAUGUCUGAUUCAGUAGUUCGAUAGGCGUGGUUAAGAUAAACAAAUAUAAUCUUUAGCACAGACUAGAAGUAUUAAACCCUCGGCCAGCCUUCUCCCCUCCCCUUUUGUUUAAUGUUACUUCCCACUUUCAGAGGCCGAAAAAUCGUUUUUUCUUUUAUUUGAUUAGAGUGAAUUCAAACAUUUUACCUAACGUCUCCAUAAAAAAAUUCUGAGAUCUUUAAAAGCACCCGAGUUAUUUAGAAAAACUUAUUUUCAAACAAAAGUUACUAUAUCAGGAAGGUGUCAUAGUCUCGUACAGAGGCGAAUUUCUUGGCGGAAUUUUCGCGGCAACCGCUCAUUUUGGGCCUCGUUUUUCAUGUUAUUUGCAUAUUUUGUUUACAUCACGCUCUCGGCAAAAUUCACUCGUGGAAGCUCUUUGCUUAAGGAAAAAUCUUUGCUCAUGGGAGAAUCAAAAGCGGAGGAAAGUACUUGUUAAAAAAAAACAAAAAAAAAAAAAAAAAAAAAAAAAGGUCCAAAGGAGAAAGAAAGAAAGAGAAUAAUCUGUCAAGAAAAGGAAAAAAUCCUUUGUGAAAGCGACUGGUACUGGCGGAGCUCCAUGCUAGCGUCCAGAUUUCGAACAAAGGAGUCGCCGUCAAACCAAAAAUUGUUAUGCAUAAAAUUAAAAAGGAGGUUUCCUUUCAUUUUUACAAGUACUAGCCAUGAUACAAAAUCAUCAACAAUCGCCUCAAACCGUAAUUUGGACUGUCGAUUCGUUGUCUUGCUUCUCAGCACAUUUUCCGUUUUUUCCAUUUUGCCGCGGGGUUUUCCUUUGCCUUUGGCAACUUUGCCUAUUAUUGUGUCGUCCUUCUCAACGCUCCACUGAACGAUCGAGAUUAAGGGAAAACGUGUCUGCAAUGGGCUACAUUGACGCCAGGAGGUCCCGUUUUCCCAUUGGUUUGCGGUUUCAGGAGGCGUGAUAAUCUGUUGGCGUGACGCGAGACGAACCUUAUGAGUCCUUAUGAGCUAAACUCUCGCAUUUGACUUUGGACGAAUACAUUCACCGUGAGCGAAUUUAAAGGGUAUAUAGAUGUGACCGAUUUUCGUCAAAUUUCGCCAAAACAUUCCAGGAAUAAAGAAAAACGAAAUUUGUUUAGGGAAAUUUCGAUAUUUGAAAUAUUUGUCCGUGGCGUCCAUUUACGAAACACGCCUCGCAUCUUUUUAGCUACUCCAGAAUGUUGAAAAGUACUGACACCUUUUUUGUUGAUCGAUGCCUUGUGAAUGAGACUGUGCAGCCAUUUUUCUUGUGCUGCGGCAUCCGAUACCCGAUAAAUUCAAUGGAAGAAUCCACGGUCGUUUCACGCCUUACGGGCUCCUGACACUUCCUAAAAACACUCGUUUAAAUUAUAUUUUUAUCGUAAACUGCAGUUAUUAAGCUUUCUUCUGAUAUAUAGUUCGCUACGAUUUAAGUGAAACUAGCGCGCGUACAAAUUUUUCCCGAAGGACACCCGCGAAGGUGGUAAGUAACAUCAGACGCCUCACGGAAACAGACACCUGCCCAUUUUGUCUAGAACGAAUGAUAAUUUGGCUUUGUUACCGGCCCCCAUUGACAUACUAAUGGCGACUUAAAUGUUUUUCACUUGUUCGAUUGCCUUAAGCUCUUUCAGACUCCCAGAGCUUAGAUCAAUUUGUCGUAUAGCAUAUCCAGAAAUUGUUUAUUUUUUUUAGCUGCGAUGCUUCUACGCGGGAAGGUUUAUUUUGUUAGUUUUCUCUUGUGGUUGUUCCAGACGGUCUCCCAAUAAUUAUAGUAUUAGACUUAGGAAGUGAUGUGUCCAAAGUUUUGUUAUGCUGUCAUUUACGAUUAUUGUACCCUUGAAUCAGACACAAUCGUAGAAACGCGACUGUUUACUCUUCUCGUCAAUAUUAAAUUCACAAGUUUACGGGAAAGUGAUAUAUACCGACUGAAGUUGCCUCAGGUUUGAAUAUCCAAGUCUAUACAGUUUAUUCAUGAAGACAAUUUUGUCGGCUGUCAUUCCUUCAGGUUAACCGUUUUGCAGUCGCACAUGUGAAACAUAAACUGUUUUCAAAUGAUUUCAGAAAAGAGCUUCCAACAGUGAUGAGCUUUAUUUCACAGAUAGGCAUCACGUAAGAAAAAAUCUCUGAUAUUUGAAAGGUCGGCAGCUGGAAACGUUCGUGAUAUCGAGAGAGUCGGAAUAUCGAAAGUGCUGGUUAUUGUUGUCGUUUCAGUAUUUUGUUUUAUAGUGAGUUUCAUGGGUCUCUUUAUAUGGAAGGUCAAUUUUAAUGUAAUUUUACUUUUACUUUUUUCAUGAUAUCGCGAGUUUAUAAUCCAACUGCACAAAGUAGACUACAAAUAUCCUGUGAUAUUGUGCGAUUAUUUGGACAGUUGGUUCUUUUGUGCUAUGAAAAAGAACCUCUUUAACCAGGUGUCGCCAGAGGCUCUUUCUAUUGUUGUGUUAUUGAUAAGAAAAGGCGCACGAGAAAAUAUGAAGAGCCUUAGAAGUUGUAGAGAGCCGUACAAAGGAUACACCCUUGAAAAUCAAGUGGCGGCUUGAAGAUGAAAAUGUUUUCUUAUUCUCUAGACAAGGCUGCAAGUGCAGAAAGAAAGUUUUGGAGUGGUUCUUUUGAGUGCAACCCAAAAUUGUUGCCUAAAACGUGUCUUCCUUUUUUGAUGAUUGAAUUUUCAUACAAAUUGCAGUAUGCAACUUCAGCCCCAAAAGCUUAAAAUUCCAAACGUUUUGACAACUGUUACUUAUAUUGAUAGUUCGCUUUUGUUACCCUCAAAGUUGCUAAAAGAGAUCGUCCCUACAUCGGAGUCCUCGAUGCUACUGCAGCUUUUUUGUAGUUUGUAAGGAGAAAACCCUGAAAGGCAUCUGGCUUACUUUUCCAGGUAUGGUUUAGUUACCUACCUCAUCAAUUCUCAGGUGAAACGCUUUCUUCCAUCUCCGGCGAGCGCUUUCUAUUUGUAUAGAAGGAACUUUUAUUAUUGUCACGAUUUUUUACGUUUCAGACCUUUGUUUUGAGCUAUUUUUAAAUCAACAGUUGCUUUAAAUAUUCCUUUUAAUUGCUUUUUUCUCAUUCGUAAUUGAUGUAGAAACUGUCUAAUGCAGUUUACAAAAGGCUUCUUAUUUGUCCAUCAUACUUUUGUUUGUACGAAAGUCCUUUGUUUCGUUAUUGUCGGCAUAUAAAGACGUCAAAUUAUCAUGAAAGGUUGGACCUUUUAACUGCGUCAUACUUACAAAACAGAUUGCGAUGACACAGAGGCAAUACAGCGAACGAAAAAACUACAAUUUUUAUUGUCAGGGUAAUAUGUCAUGGAACGAACCUCUUUCAUUAAAGAAGCAGAGAAAAAUUCACGAUGUUGACAGGCAAUGAAAAGAAAAAUGCAAGCUAAUCUGGGGCUAAGAGCUGGAGUAAGCCGGCAACACUAGUCCAAGAUUCGUUAAGUUCUGUGUAAUUUUUUGUUGGAAAUGAUAUAUGCAAAUCUUUAAGUUUACCAGGCGAAGAGAUUGUUUUGUGUUUGGGUGUCAGUUUCUUCUGAAUUUAAUGAUUUAUAGUAAUGAUAAUUAUCGCCGGUACUGUUUCGUGCAUGGAUUUCUCUUCUACAUCACAAUGCCCAAACUGAUGAUAAUGUUCAUUGCGCUAGAGUCCUAACUAUUUCAACAUUCUGAAAAGAGUUUAUUUACUCUUCGUUAACUAGACGUAAAGCAUGUCAGUCUUGUUGGUCGGCCUACUUUUUUCCCAUAACAUGUAGCAUUUUGUAAGAUCUUAUCAUGCUAGAAGUUUUAGGUUUGCGACCGUAAUUUGUUAGCUCAUGAACUGCGUGCUAUUACGCUUUAUUUGUGACGAAUAAAAAGUUAACGAAAUAGCUCUAUUUUUUAUUUAAUAUUGAGUAAGAUUUUAUUGACAGGAGUCAACUUGUUUCUAAAGGUUUUUUGUUCUGCUUUUCUUUUAAAGUUAGCACUGAAUCGAUCAUACUUUUUAUUACCGACGGUUGAAGUAACUAUAUUUUAAACAAAAAGCAUUAACUUUAUUCUUGGUAGAGGAAAGACAUGUUGCAUUGAUAAUCUCGAUUGUAACUACCUAUUUGAUAGUAUUAUAACUCUUUUUCUUAAAAGGAGGCGAGGUUGUAAGGAAUUUGAUGAAUUUUUUUUUCAUGAGAAAAACACACAAUUUUGCCUUCUUUGUAGUUUUCAUAGAAUUUCUGCCCGCGAAAUGUUAGGUGGUUUGCUUUUCGAUUUAACGACAAACCCCCGUCAUCUGAUCCAUUGUUUACGUUUGAUGUUUGAUAUGUCGGUGUCUGCAAACUUACUUUGCAGCGUUUUUAUCUCGACUUAUGCACCACUGCCAACUUUUUGUAUUCAGCAGAAUUUUAUCAUCGGCGUUUAAAGAUUUUCAUGUGUCAGAGAAGUCCCUUAAUGACUUUUUUUUUUCAUAAAACUGUGAUUUGUCCUUUCGCCGAAAUGAAAUUUGAAUCUCUAAUGUUCUUUGGUAGAAGCAUUUCCGGUUCGUUUGACAAGAAGCUCUUAGGCCUUUUUCUCACUCGAAUCAUCCUGUGAUCCACCUCAUGAAUAUCUUCAGUGGUUGGGAUUCUCAUGCACUUGAAAAAAAAAAAGCUUGGCUUACCAUUUGAUUUCAAAUUGGUAGCACGUCAUGGUUACUUCGUUUGGCAUGAUUUGUUCCAUAAUUUGUCUGGUUUGAGAACUUUCCGUAGUAUUCUUUUGACAAGUUUGCGCAGAAAAGUGUGUUUUGGCGAAAUAUCAUAUCACGUCGAAGUCCAUUUUUUUCGUUGGCCGUAUUAGACAAAUGCAUUGCUGGUGGUAACUGAUGAAAGUAUGAUAUGAAUCAUGGCACCUGUUAGAAUAAAUCUACUACAAUAAAACGAAUUUAAUGGGACAAGGAAGAUCCCAAGUAAUCCAUGCUGUAGGAUACGAACCUCACUGAGCUAGUCCUCACUACGCGCACCAGUGCUCUACCAACUAGCAACUAAGCUGCAGAAAACCCCUUGCGAGUGCAACCGAAGCCAACCUCAAGUUUACUACGUUGAGUGAAGGCGUUAAAUCUUGUCAUAGAAAGAAUAAUUUUUACCUGAAAUACAACGGCAUAACUAAAUUCCAAUAUCUUUUGCACAGUGAUGUCAGGAACAUGUACAAAAAAGACGCUCUUUCUUAAGGCUGUUGGUAACUUCAACUUUGUUAAUUGCAGUCUACGGCCAGCACUGACAGACUUACUGCAUAGUCUAUGCGAGUGAAUUAUCAAAAUUAAAAGUGUUUAUUCUCGUUUAUGGCGGCCUGCCAACAUUAGAAAACAGACAACAAUGGAACCCAUCUUGGACAGUUUCUGUCUGUCUGUCUGUCUGUCUGUCUCUCUCUCUUUCUCUCUCUCUCUCUCUCUCUCUUUCUCUCUCUCUCUCUCUUUCAUAGUCCAUUUAGCGCGAAUGCAGUGCGCUUCAAAAGGAAAUGAAAUCGAACUAUGGAAUAAUUAUGAUAUCAACUCAAACGAAUCUGAACCAGGCUCAAGGAAGUCAACGUGGUUUAAUCAAUUGAAUUGAUGAUGUAAAUUGGCCACCGUAGAGAUUUCACAACUAAAGCUGGCGUUUCUAGCGUCAGCCCUUUGUCAGAUCGAAUUAGACGAAUUCACCCUUGUCUUCUGACCCUUACCAACGCAGUACCACAGUUUCUUUGGAAACCUUCCCCCGUUAGGUCUAGUUACAGUUUUAUGGUGUUGUCGUUGUCGUUGUCAAGUGAAAAGUGUCAAAUAGUUUUCGCUUUUGUAAGCAUGUUUGCUCUUGGACACCAAUGUCACGAACUUUGUUCAAAUUCUAUCAAAAUUUUGUUCUCGCUUGUCGGUCCUACGUGCCCCUCUGUUUAAUAUUGGACUGCUUUACCUGUGAAUUUUAAGAAAAUAUUAUCUUUACUGCAGUUUUUUAAAUCUGCCCUAAUGAAAAGACGAUCGGAUUAUCAGGCUUUCAAUAAUUGAUUGUUUUUAUAUAUAUAUAUAUAUAUAUAUAUAUGUGAUAAUUUGAUGUAUUUUAGUUUCUUUCGAUGAAAAGCUCUGCUUGUAAAUAAUUUUUUUUCUGUUAUAAGCGUGGGUUAAUCCUCAAAAACCUCCAAGUGUUCGAGGUGGCUGAUUAAACUUAGCCGCUGAUAUUAAUUAUUUGUACCUAAUGCAACCGGCAUCGUUUCAGUCAGUCUUCUGAACGAAGAUUUUACAAGCAGUUGUCUUUAUCGACGUUAUUCUUCAGGAGCCAGCGAGACCUAAAUCACUUUAAAAUUUUUUUCCCCUCAGAAAACUUCGUCAAGAAUUCCAGUACUGGUACCCAGUAGACUUACGUGUGUCUGGGAAAGAUCUGGUGCCAAAUCACUUGACAUUCUUCCUGUACAAUCACUGCGCUGUGUGGCCAAACGAGAAAGACAAGUGAGCAUAUUCAGAAAGAUGAGAUUUUCUGUGUUGUACUGUUUUAGUUGAUAAACAAUAAGCUCAUCUGAAAAAGUUGGUGGACAUUUUCUUCGAUGAAACAGAAUCGCAUUCUUCAGUAAGAACUGACCAAUUAUAAUCACAGUUUAAGUGCAAAUAAGGUCAUUGCAUAAAAGAAGUCUGAAAAAUUCAUCAAUCAAUGAGAUCGCGUCUUGGAACUUUUUUUGCUUUUAUCUAUUACUGAUUCCCAUCAGGACGACAGUACCAAGGCACAACCUUUAAAAUUUUGGCUUUAGUCUGAAGCCCAUGAUAUGGUAUGAUAUGAAAGGAAAAUGAGUUAAACAAGGCAUCAAACGACGCCAGGUAAGCAGGAAUGUUCAAAACUACCCGCUUAGAAUUUACUAAAUGUUUCUUUUUUUAUGUUUAAUUUUUCAAAGGUGGCCUCGAAGCGUGAGGGCCAAUGGACACUUGUUACUCAACUCUGAGAAGGUAUUGUGUAAAGGAUUGUUUAAUUCUCUCUAAAUGUUUGGAUUAUUUUACAGCAUCGUGAAUGUGUAUCAUUCAGCUGUGUAAGUUGUCGUCAGUUUUAUGUUAAAAUAGAUGUCGACGGGUGAUAUCUCAUUUGUAUGAUUUUGAUUUCUAGAUGUCGAAAUCGACUGGAAACUUUCUUACUCUGAAAGAAGCUGUUGAAAAGUUUUCCGCUGAUGGUUAGUUUCACCCUCCCCUGUCUUCCCUCUUUUUAUGUCAUUUGUCGUCCAGUCUCUUGCCACCUUCUCUCGUCCAUCCUUUAAGCCAACUUCCGUUCCCCCGACAUUUUUCCCGUUUUAGGCAUGCGCCUGGCCCUGGCUGAUGCUGGAGACACAAUGGAAGAUGCAAACUUUGUAGAGUUGAUGGCUGAUGCAGGAAUCUUACGUCUGUUCACUUUCCUCGAGUGGACAAAGGUCAGGACAAAUAAUUCCUCAUCGUGGAUUGAGUUAAAAAAUGUAUCAGAGUAGAUUCUUUACCAGGCUCUAAUGCUCUGUUACGUUGUUGUGUGUAAACAUUGAGGAAGUUCUGAGUAAGCAGUCAGCCAUAUUUUACAAUAAAGAAUCAGAUAGCAAAUUCCAUCCCCUCUAAAGACCUAAUCCUUUUAGGACCUUUUAGUGAAUUGGCACAACAUUGGCUAUUUUCAGAAGUAAUCUGAAAAUAGUCUGAAGUCCAGCACAAGACAUCCAGUCGCUUAAAUAUAUCUCCUCGCUAUUUCGAGUGUUAAAUCCCGACGUACUCUUUAAACACAGGAGAUGCUUGCCAGCAAAGAUUCUCUGCGCAAGGGGCCUGCAACAUGUUACGAUGAUCGAGUGUUUGAAAGGUAACUUUGGUGAUAAUUCGUGUAAAUAUCGUUUUUAUUGAUCCGGCUUGCGACUUUUGACGUGUUUAGAAGCUCUACUAAUGAGAGGCAACUGAUAACUUAAAUUGUAGCUCCAUCAACAAAGCUAUAGAAGAUUCUGAUACAAACUAUAAGAACAUGAUGUACAGAGAGGCACUCAAAACGGGCUUCUAUGAACUGCAGGCAGCAAGGGACCGAUACCGGGAGGGCUGUACGAUGGGCAUGCAUAAAGACCUUGUGUUUCGGUUCAUCGAGGUAAUGUGCUGUGCGAAGGUUGUUUUUUAACGUAGUUCCAAGUUGAUUGGUGUUGAAUGAAACUGUGAGACAGUUUCUCGUUAGGUGUGUUCUUGUCGUUUUUUUUUUAUCAUUGCCGUUCUCUGAAGAUCCCCUUGGGGAGAUCUGGGUUCCAGUAUUUUAAGCCCCAGCAGUUUCUUGAAGAUCCUAUUUCGGUUAUAUGCAUACUGUAUCCGUUUCCCACCAAACAUUCAACAAGAAAUUUUCAAGGUAUAUGUGAUUUUCCUUUCCCAGUUAAGUUACUCUGAGUGUAGUGAUAACAUAAGCAAGGUAACCUCCUGAAAACUGCUUUCAAUAGGGACUGCGUCAGAAAAGCUGCACUUUUCUAGGCUUCUCACGGCUGUAACCUGAUUUCUUUAUCUGUUUGUGUUGUUAGGUUCAAACCCUGUUGCUGUGUCCCAUCUGCCCACAUCUUGCCGAGCAUCUCUGGGAACUCAUCGGCAAGGUGCGCUAUGGAAAAAAAUUGGAGAAAGUACUUCGCUCCAUUUAUAUUUUUGAUUCCUAUAAAGUCAAGCUAUUAUUUCUUUUCCGUGUGAGGGCAGAAGCAUAUAAGAUUAUAUGCUGCUGUUGGAAAGCUAUAAUCCCCUUAUAGAGGUUAAAAUAGUUAGAUAAAUUGUUAUAGUGCAUUUUAGACCUGAUUUUUUGUUAAACCAGACGAAAAAGCGAUUCAGGGUCCUUGGGUAUAGCCUGGCGUGUGGCCUCGUGUGUACCUUCGUGUUUGGCACUCUUACAAAACGACAGACCUAUCAGGCUAAAACAACGCACCGAUAAACUUGUUUGUUUUCUUACGCGAGGAAUUAUUUAAUAAUGUUUGAUAUAUAAUAUUCGGUGAUGAUGAACAAUUGUGACAAAUUUCAAAACUGAGCACGGUUUCUUAUUCUUUUAUUGGCAGACCGGUAGUAUUAUGGAUGCAUCAUGGCCGGCAGUUGGAAAGGUGGAUAUGCCGUUGCUGAAGUCAGCGGACUACUUAGCUGAUCGCACUCACGAGUUCCGUUUGAGAAUUAAAACCAUGAUGAACCCAAAGGGAAAAAAGGUGCUAUCCUAUAAUACUUUCUUGUGUAUGUGCAUGACAAACACCCCUUUCCUUCGCCGCCUCUUUCCCCCCUCCCCCCUCCCCCGAGACAAACUGCACAGGGCAGUUUUCAUUUGAAUUUUAGAAGGAAUUGGACAUUGCGCUCUCUUAUUAGUCUCCAAAAUAUAAAUGGGGAGUCAUAUUCAAAUAACGUGAAAUUUUUCUGACAGUCCACCUUUCACGUUUAGGUUAAAUUAUUGGGUCACUGAAAUUUACACGUAGCAUAUUGUUACAGGCACAGAGUUAGUUCGUUAGUGGAAAUAACAGGGUUACGAGAACAAUUUUCAUCCCAUUUUCUGAACAAGGAAAAUCUAUGCUGAAAACGUGCUCAAAGUCGACCCAGCGCAAAGCCGGAAAGGAGUGUCAUCUAUUAGUGCCUGUCAGGAACAUGUAACUUCUUAUAGAGUGGAACAGUAACUGUCAAUCACAAUAACUCGAUAGACAAACAUAGUUUACAUCUAAAAACUGCUAGGGCUUAAAAAACUAGUCACCCAGAUCGAUCUCCUCAUAUGCACUUUAAAUCGCAUAUUAGACAAAGAUUCUGAAAGACGACAACUGAAGCGAAAUUGAAAUGUACCACCUACAGCUGAUGGUGAACUUAUUCCCAAUUUUCGUAAACAAAACCCUUCUUACAACGUGUAAGCUUUUCCGUCAAAGAAGACUGUAAAUAGUAAAUCUAAAAUGUUGAUCAGGUUUUUUAAGAACUCCAUGUGAAAAAUAUUCCAAUUUAUUUCGUCCAAACUUGUACUCGCGUGGAUUAGUGAACAUGUAUAAAAACCCAAAUUUUUUCCAUGUUAACUUGUGUUUCUGGUGAAGUAUAAUCCUAACAUAGACUGCACAAUGAGAGGUGCAAAGAUGUUACGCUCGUUACACGUAGACCAUAUUAGAACUUCCGCAUGGUUUUAUUUUUAACAGAAAGAUGCAGCUCCACCCAAGAAACCCACUCAUGGUAUAAUCUACGUGGCCAGCUCUUAUCCACCUUGGCAGCAUGUCACCCUUACCACACUGAAGGAAAUGUACGUCAAGCUGGGGGGGAACUUCCCGGAUAACAGGGAUAUUAUGAAUCGGAUGAAAGAACUACCGGAAGUCAAGAGCGCCAUGAAGAAGCUGAUGCCAUUUGUACAACAUGUCAAGGUACUUGAAGUAAAUCUUGACUUCUGCAUUCUACAUAGUUCAUUACUAACCUCGUCUGCUAUCUGAAGCAGUUCAGGAAAAAAUGAAAUAAAAAUAAAAAUGAACAAUUAUUAACUGUUUCAUUAUAUUAAAAAGAACUCGAAUCUUACACUGCACAUUCUCCUUUUUUUUAAUUUGGCACCUCUCUUUUCUAUUAAUCCCUGUACUUACUCGCAGAUACUCAGAACGAUCUCUUAACUUCGUUACUAUUUCCAUGUCGUUUAUCUUCCUUUGAGUUUUCAUUACAAGAUUAAUAACGUGACAUUAUUGUGUGACAGGAAUGUGUAGAACGUGACGGUCCGUCGGCCUUGGAGACAACUCUACCGUUUGAUGAAAGACAAGUUCUUGAGGAGAACAACGCAUUUCUUUCAAAAGCUCUCGAAGUAAGAUUUAAUUUGAUGUGUAAAAUAUCGUUGCAAAACUUUCCUUGUAGUUAAGUUACAUUUUUCUUUUUUUUUGUGCUAAAUUCAGUCGAAUCAUGAUCAUCAACAGUUUUCCCAUGGGUACAGGAGGGGAGGGGAGGGGUGUGUCCUUAACUUUAUAUUGGAAUUUCAAGGCAAUCCAUGAUGUUUUAUGAUAAAUCAUCAACUUUCUCAUCACGGAGAAAGUCCCAUGUACCCCAGCGAUUCCCCCCUCUCCAGCCACGCUCUUGAUUACCCUUAUUUAGUUGAAAGCUUUUAAUUAACAUGUGGUGAAGCUUUGGAGCUAAGUCUUGAGUUUGAUUUUAGCUGGUUAGUGUGGAAAUCAAGCCAUCAAGUGAAGCUGACAAAAGAGUUCAGGAGGACUGUGCACCAGGAAAACCAUUCUCGGUCUUCACAGCACAGGAGAGUCAGGUUUGUUUUUUGUGAUUUCAUGUGACAUGCAAUUUGGGUGACAAAGAAACAGACUUAGUCCGGACUACGGUAACGUCGUGGUGUUAGUGAAAGAUAGGAAUAACCUCAAGUCACAAGGUCACUUUUAAAACCUCAACUGAAUGAGCUAUCAAUGUAAAAAAUGUGUGACGGCGCUGUCUCAUUGGAGAGAAUCUUUCAUUAGAUACAGCAAUUGCCCAAAAUGUGACGAGCGGAGUAUUUUUUUUUAAUUUGGAUGAUUUCGAAAUUUUAAGUUUUUGGCUAAUUUUAUUUCUUAUUUUUGUGAUGAAGGAAAAUGAAAGUUUAGACUAAGUCAGUGUUCAGCUCCAGUUGAUAUAGGGAAUGUCCGUUACUUCCUUUAUCACUGUGAAAGUAGCAGAACUAAAACCGUUUUACAGAUUGUUUCACACAGUUGUCGCUUGAUGCAAGAAGAGGUUGGUCUGGCAAGGGUGAAAUGAGCUCCAAUACAUUGAUAAAGGUUUUUGGUCAGAUCGUAUAUCGCCUCACGCGCAACGUAACAGAACACUACAACCCAGAAGAACCUGAAUUCACGACAGAGUCUUUUGGCUACGACCCACUGCUAAGCACAGGUAGAGAAUGGAAUUAUGAACCUGUUGAUGAACUGAUAUACCAAGAGUACAGCGACAGAGAAGCCACAAACUCGAACUUUUUCGCAUAUAACAACAUUAAUGUCCAGGUUAGAAACGCUUUCUUACCAGAAGACAGUGAGGAGACAAGGGAACAGAACGGUAAAGAUGAAGAAAUGGCUCGGAAACGUCUUCGACCAUCCUUUGUACAGACAGUUUGUAAAUCGAUGUAUAUUGGAGCUUUGAUUUCUUUUCUUUCGGCUGUUUUCAUCGCCUUAUUUUACCUGUUGAUCUCUUUUGUAUGUUACAAAACUAUUCUCCACUGUCAAAACUACCCAAAAGAAUUGAUUCCGAUCCGUGUACAAUGGAUGAAAACUAUUUCUGAUGCGAUUUCGUCUUUUUUCUAUUACUUCUGGUUCUUUGGUAUCGCGUUAUUCCUUUUCCGUCCAUUUCAGUUGAAAGGAGUGAGGAAAACAUUGUUCUUGAUUUUGUUUGUCUCGUACUGUUUGGACGCGAGUUAUCGCCUUGUAUUGGUUAAGGUGGGAGUGUGGUAUUAUUUGGCACCAAAAGUCUACCAAACUCCACUUUAUUCGUUUUUCUUUCUAAGCGUUUGCUUACAGCUUUAUGUUUUGGGAAAACAAUUUCGUGCACGAUCUAUGAAAAUGCUUCUUGUUCUGAUGUGUAAAAUGUUCUUGCCAUUUUGUUUACCUGUUGUUUUCGGUAUUUUCCUUUCUGAUGUUAUUUAUGGAAUAUACAUAACAAAAUCCAUCGAAGGAAAGCUUCUAAUUGCUCUCUUUGCCCCUGUUGUUGCGGUGGUUUUGAAAAUUGUGUCACGACUUUGUGUUCAGCGAUUAAGGAACAUCACUCAUCCGGGAUACUCUUAUGUGUUAUUGGUGCCUCUGUAUUACGGCACAGCGGUUGUCUUGAGAGCUUUGCAAGCAGAUCUGGACAAUCUUCCAUACAUCGCCUUACUUGGAGUCAUUCACGGUGUUGCUGAGGUUGUGGAACGUAGUGUUAUGGUUGUUGUUGAUCACACUUGUACCGUGCUUUGGAAAAGAAAAUUGGCCCCCUGGGGAAGUUUCCGUACUCCUCGCCGCGAAAGACUUAUGGCUGAUAUCGCCAUUAUAAGCAUGUUGUAUGAAUCUACUGCUGUAAUAUCUGUUAACGGAUUGUUUUGCUUGUAUCAAUACGUCUACACAGAAAAUGACUCUAUCAUAAACUUGCUCAAGACCUUCGCAGUUCACACUUCAGUUCAACUGGUAAUUGAGUGGUUUUUUACCAGUGUGUCUCUGGCGAUCGAGACUCGUUAUCAGAAUAUGGCUGUCAUGGCUGUUUGGCGAAGAAGAUGGAAAAGACACAUUUUGGCAGCGCUUGUAAAUACAGUACCACUUGCUGUAUGGAAUAGUGUCUGUAUGUUAAUUAUUUUGCGCGCGUCUUACUCAAACAUAGGGGUUAAACAGCCUUGUAAAAUGCCAUUUUCUUAAGUGCUGACUAGAACAAAUUUACAGAAAUUGUUAAUGAUCGCCUUGUUACACAUUUCUUUAGUGGGACCAAAAAGGACUGUCGCUAAUUCUUCUCAUAUAACAAGAGCAACAUUGAAGAGAAGGAAGAUAUUACACUCACACGAACGAAACUGAAAUGAAUCAGUAAAGUGAACUUUACUAAUUAAGUUUUUUAGUCGCUCAGUCGAUAGCUCAUUAGGAUUAAAUGCUCAAAAUGCAUGUGUGAGUGUGUAAAGUAGUAGGACCAAUAAAGGGAAUUAUCUCAUGGUUAAAAUUCUGGUGGCCAUUAACAUCGAGAAGAUUUUUUAUGUUAUUAGUUAGUGUAUUUUCAAAACCAAUAAAUCAGUAAAUCGUCGAUUUUUAAAUCGUCUUUAAAACAAAACAUAAUAUACUUCUGAAUAACAGGGUGAGUUUCUAUAGAAACUGGUGCUGCGUCGGUGGGAGAGUAUAUCAGGGUAAUUUAGUAUUACCAACUGAGUUGAUAGCGUAAAUUGGUCACAGUAAAGCUGACGUUUCGAGCGUUAGCCCUUCGUGAGAGUUAAUUACGUUAUCAAUUCAGAUGAUAAUUCUAAUUUAUCCUAUAAUAUACUUCUGAUAGAUACAGAGAUUCACAAAGACGAUGGGCUUAUCGAGGCGGUUGAGUGCUGAGCGCGCUGUACAGAUGCUAAUGUGCUGCUAAGAAGCACUCCAGGAAACGCAACCUUUUCUUUAGAAGUAUCGAAAUGACAACAGCUGAAUCUUGGGAGCUUCAAUUGAAAGGCAAAUUCACGCAAGGGAAUUUUCAAACUAAUGAAACGGAACUAAACUCUGGACUGUGUGAUGUAAAAUUAUACUUUCUUUUUUUUUCUCCACUACACAACUGUUAUUUGAACUUCAAGUUCCUUUGAUAGGAUGAAAGAAUCUUGGAGAAACCAAACCAAGGAUAAUUAAAAACGAAUCGGCAUAUUCCUUUUCUGAUACACAAAUACCGAGGAAUCCUUCUCUUUAUCAUUUUCUUCAGGUUUUUAAUGUUUUUUUCUUUGAUGAACUUCUGAUUUGAGCUAAUGAGAUGUUAACGCUAGUCAAAGAAGUGUCUGAAGUAUGAAAUUUCUUAUCCGCCAAGAAAUUGACGAUACGGAAACAAAUUAAGAACGAAAGUUAUUUGAUGUGCCUUUAAUGGAAACGAAAUGGUUUUGAUGCUAGUAAGAUAGAAAUCCUUACUUUCCCAUGGUACAAUGGUUGUUUGUAUGCAUUGGGUGCAGUUUCAAGAUCUCGCUUGCAAUGGGCUAGAGCAUACAAGAAAGGUCUUUAAGUGUCUUUGAAGUACACUAUCUGUCUCUCUGUCUGUCUGCCUGCCCAACCGUCUCCAUUUCCCGGUUUGUCUCUUUAUCUGUUUUUUCUGUAUUGCUGUCUUUGUCUGUAUAUCUGUUUGUCACUUAUGUUGGUUAUUCUUCUUCGCAGACAAAUGGUGUAUGUGGUUCUAGUGGCGCCGUAGAGUUAACAGAUAAAUCUCCCAUCCCAUCUGAGAAACAACCGUCCCCAGUUUGCCGAUUUGUUAAUGUCAAACUAUGUGGAGUUGAACCGGCCCAAGGUGCCAAGGGAAAUCAAGCCACAGUGCUGCUAGAGAACCCACAAGGACAGUACCUGUUGAACUUGGACCAACUCACACGCGAGGUUACUAAAAAUUUAAUACUCGUAAAGCGCCGGUGUUGUUACUUGAGUAGAUACCAGUUUGCUUUCGUUGUGUAUUUCGCUUUAUUCGAGAAGAAUAAGCGUGCAUAUGGUGCUGAGGCUUUGGAUUUACGUUUCAGCUUUCUUUUAAGUUUCAUGAACGUUGCUCAGUUUUCUUUGUGUGAGCAAAUUAGCAGUUCGUUGGAGCAACUGUUGAUAAUAUGUUACUGUUGAUUUUCUUUUUUUUAGAAACAAGUUUGUCAUCGCAGUUAUGCAUAUAUAGCAUUUCAGCAGCAAGGUUCGUCUGAACGUGAGAUGAUUGUGUUAUUUGAUGUUUUUGAUUCUUGCGGUUUUAGGUUGCGGCGGUUUUCGGUCUUAGAGGAAGAAAACUUACACUGUCGGCAUCGGCCAGCUGUGAUUCACGUGAGUAACUCAAGUUUUAAACUGAAAAGUAAAAGUUUUAUCGUAGAGAAGAAUGAAAACUUUUAGAGAAUUUGUUCUUAUCCCUCGACAAUAGAUGAAAUGUGUAGCGCGGUGGUAAAAAUGAAAUUUAACAACCUGAAACUCUUCUUACUAUUAUUUACAGUAUUGAGGGUUUCAGAGAAGAAUUCGAAUUGGGAAAGUCGAAUGAAGCAGUGAAAAUAUUAAGUGUUAACUCAUAGUGGUACUUGGGUGAAAAAUGUUUUCAGUAAAUUGCGGCUUUCGUCUGAUCUUGUCUUACUGGCGAUCUGCCAUCUUGACCUUACAGGUUCACACUGACACGAUAUGUCGAAAGUGGUUCAUUCAGAGCUCUAAUUUUCUCGUAUUUUUCAAUGAUUUUUGUUGACAGCCCUGACCAGUCAAGACGUCAUGAAAUACAGUGGACAGUGCCUUUACGCUUUUAUUGCGAAGAAUUAA